UCCGUGAGACGAUGGUUCGUGCGUAUUCCGGCUAGCACAUGACUGUCUUUACAAACAUCCCCGUUGAUUAAGACUACACGAAUUGAUAGCAGGUUGCGGAGCCGUUCUCGGUUACGAUUCAUAUGGAACAGGAGCCACGACGGGGCGGAGACCUGGGUUGGGUGGGAAGAGUCCUUGCUGCUGACCCUUCUGCUGACGCCUUUGAUUGACAGGUGAAGACGAACAGACUGGCCAAGAAGGAUGGCUAGCGACUUUGGCUUCAGUCAGGACCCACACCACAUGGAGGCGGGGCUGGAGAGCCCUGUAGACGAGCGCGUGGUCCUCCACUCCUUUAGCCCGCUGAUCAAGGAGGCCAGCCCGAGCUCGGAGGAGCGCAGAGAGGCCGUGGAGAUGCAGGACCUGACGGAGGAGCAGGAUGGCGAUGACCAGGCCUUCCUGUCGAGCUCGGCCUUGGUGGGGCGAGGGCGUGGUCGUCUAGGAGCCAAGCAGGUGAACCCCUUGGUCAGGGCACGAUGGUCCGCAGCCACACAGCGGGUUCUGUGCUCCAUGCCCAGCCGAACUAUUGGACGGUCUCAGAACGCCGUCAUCUCCCAGUGCUACAAUCGCUCCGUGCGCCGUCUCCGCCGCCAGAGCCAGCCCUCCAUCCGGGACUUCUCCCGCUCCGCCCGGCCCAGUAUCCGUGGAUACCGCAUGGAGGUGACCUCAGAGGAUGAAGAGAACACGAGAGAGCAGCUGGUGAAGAACCUGCAGGCCCUCUCCGCGGGCGACCGCAUACGCAUGCUCAGGGCCAUGCCCAUCAACAUGACAGAGAAGAGUGAACUCAGAAAGCUGGCAUGCAGUUUCAAGGAAAAACGUCCACGCUCCAGCACAGGCAUCUCCUUCUUCAGCCGUGUGAAAUAUUACGUGAUUAUUACAUUGCAGCAUGGCUGGUGCAGCUGGCUGUCCUUCCUGCAGUCCCUGCAGCUGUGGCAGGUGGCGGUAAAGACGAUUGGGGGGCGCUUCGGUACAGGCGUGCUGUCGUACUUCCUCUUCCUCAAGACCCUCCUGCUCUUCAACGUCUUCCACUUCUUUGUCAACGGGUUAUUCCUGGUCAUCCCCCAGGCUGUGAACCCUCCACACCCCGGUGCCGCUGACAUCAGCUUUACGGGCCUGGAGCUGCUCACGGGCGGAGGCUACUUCACGGACACCGUGAUGUUUUAUGGCUACUACACAAACUCCUCGCUGAACGAAACCUGCCAACCGUCGCUGAAGCUCACCUGCGCCGGGGCUCCUGACCCAGCAGGCUGUAGGGGGGGUGACGGCGCCACGCAGAUGUCCUACAACAUACCAGCGGCCUACUUUUUCACCACCGGGGCAGCCUUCUUUGUCACCUGCAUCAUCCUCGUCUACAGUAUGUCCAAGUCUUUUGGGCAGAGUUUCCACAUAAAGAAGUCCCGAAGCAACCUGACUACGAAGGUCUUCUUCUCCUGGGACUUCAAGGUCAUCAAGAAGUCCUCUGUGAAGCUGCAGGCAGAGAAUCUCUGUACGCAGCUGAAGGAGCUGCUCUCAGAGGUGAACUGCAGGCAGGUGGAGAAGAGCCAGGUACAGAGACUUUCUUGGCUGGCAGUGCACGCAUUGGCCUGGACCAUGUGCUUGGCCAGCACCCUGGCGUGUGCCUGCUUGGUCUUCUUCUUCCUGGAUGAGCACCAUCCACUGUCCCCUAAUGACGAGGCCAGUCUGCUGGCCUUGCCUGCAUUGGUGUCCAGUAUCAACCUUCUGCAGCCUGGCUUCUUCAACGCUGUGGCCUGGAUGGAGGAGUACGACUCCCCCAGCGUGCGCGCCUACGUCGCCAUCUUCAGGAACUUACUGCUAAAAGUGAGUGUUCUGGGAGUGCUCUGUUACCAUUGGCUGGGAAAGAUCGCGGCUAACAGUAAGCUGACAUGCUGGGAGAGCUACGUGGGGCAGGAGCUGUAUCGUUUCCUGCUAAUGGACUUCAUAUUCACCAUACUGGACACUCUGUUUGGGGAAUUCCUCUGGAAGUUAUUUUCGCAGAGAGUGCUAAGGAGGCAGAGGAAGCCGGUUUUUGACAUUGCACGCAAUGUGCUGGAGCUUGUCUACGGACAGACACUGGCCUGGCUGGGUGUGCUCUUCUGUCCGCUGCUCCCUGCUGUGCAGAUCAUCAAGUUGCUGCUGUUGUUCUACAUGAAAAAGACCAGCUUGAUGAUGAACUGCCAAGCCCCUCGGAGGCCAUGGAGGGCGAGUCAGAUGACCACGUUCUUCAUCUCCCUGCUGUGCUUUCCUUCUUUCCUGGGGGCCGCCGUGUGCGUCACCUACACCAUAUGGAUGUUAGAGCCAUCGGCAGAGUGCGGGCCCUUCAGGAAGCUUUCCACCAUGGCCAUGUCUGGGAAGAGCUGGGUUGCGGAGCUGGUGAACGCCCACCCCAAACUGGCCUGGCUCUGUUGGGUGCACAGUCACCUGGUGGAGAACCCCAUUUUCCUGUUUGUCGUCGCCGGGAUAUUCCUAAUCGUCACUUACUUCCACACCCAGGUCGUGGACGGACAGAGGAAAAUCAUCGUUCUUCUGCAGGAGCAGAUUGAGAAUGAGGGGCAGGACAAGAAGUUUCUCAUCAGUAAAUUGCAGAUGGCCCAUGAGGAGAAACGCUCUACCUCCUCUCCAAGACAGGAGCUGAGGAGCAGAGAGGACUCUUGUAUGGAUUAAUUCCAGUACAGAUCCAUCUCAGUGCUACAACAAACAAAACAAAACACCAGCAUUGAGUCUUAUGAACCUGCUACACCUGCCCCAAAUUACAGGCCUGUGUUGAGAAUCUCCAUCUGAGUAAAGAACUGGCAAUCAUUCACAGGAGAAUGAUGAUUUUGACUCCUGCCUCUGUCAUUUAUGCACCUGCACUGCCCUCUAGUGGUCAGACAGUAUGGUGGAUAUAAGAUUUUGAAUGGGCACAAUGGCGCAUUAAUAGACAGACAUUAAAGAAGCAUUUGGUCUAGCCAACUAGAGGCCUUGGUGGUUGCCCUGGAAACCAUCUGAACAAGGAGCUGUACAUGAGGAAUGGAACACGGGCAUGUGCAGAGGGGAGUUACAUGUAUAAGUUGUAUAGGUGAUAUAGGGGUCUGCAAAGCCAAAGACACAAGGGUGUAUAUUAUCUGUUUCCUUUGGCAGUUUAACCUUCGAGUAUUGUGACAUUUUCGCCUUUUCUGCUUUGGCUGUUUGUGUACCUGUUGGUAGCAGCUAGUGAAUAUGUGCUGUCUUUGUGUCGUGCUCAUUCCUUUGUCUUACUGGGUCAAAUGCGACGUGUUUAGCUGGAGUUUAAACCUCAGGUUUAAACCCCUAGACCUCAGUACUGCAUUACAACUGGAACGGCUAUCCGAAGCUGUGGAGUAAGGAUUAGCUGCUGCAGUUGAAAAGCAUUUCUGUGGCCUAGCGGAUUACUGCAUUACAGGACUGCAUUAGAGCUCCAGCUGCAUGUACCUCACUGCAGCUGACGCAUGCCGUUCCGUUGUAUUGUUUAAAGAAGUGAAGUGUGUAGACCCGUGCUUGUUGGGGGUGCUCAACACGCUAAGGUCACGCUCGUCACCGUCUUCCUGGCAGUUGCUCUGGUCUGCUUGCGUCUGCGUUCUACCCGCUCCAGCUGCGCAGGUAGUGUGCUCCCCCAGCAUGGUGACUGCGCAUCUCGGCUUGUGGACUGCAUAGAGCACCAGCUGAAAUGCCUGUUGGUGGCGCAAGCCUCAGGGAAGAUGCUGUCCAUCACUGACGCUGCAGCAAUGAGAUGAGCUUAGGGAAAAUCUGUGUUCAAAUGGAUUGAAAGGAAAACUGUGACUUGUAAAUAAAAUAAAUUGUUUUCUAUCA